AUGAUGUCGUGUAACUCGCCCACGCGAUUCCGCGAGGACGUGCCUCGAACCCCAGAGGCGCAAACUGCAUACGAACCAAGUACGCCAGAAAACCUCAAAACUAACAUGGCAGGGGGAAAUGAGCUGUCGGAGUUCGAACAGCAGCGUCUGGCAAACAUUGCCGAGCGCGAUGCGCUGUUGAAGAAACUCACACUCGAGUCGCAAUCCUCAGGACUCUUCUCAAGCCCUAAGAUUUCCGCCAGCGGCGGCGCAAAACCGAAAAAGCGCCCAGCUCCUAAAGUGAAGACUGAGGAUGAGGCCCCCACGCCCCGGCGCACGUCCUCACGACUUAAGGGCAUUGCGGCCGAAAGUGAAGUCGCGAAGCGCAAGGCCGACGACGAGUAUGAGGCGAUGCGCGAAGCGGAUAGAUUGAAAAGAAUGCGCCGGACAGACUCGUUCAGCCAGGCGGAUAUGUUUGUUUCGGGUCAAAAGCUUAGUCCUGAUAGCUUGAUCGGGGUGGAUGUUAUUACCAAGGGUGUUGCGAAGCCCUAUGAGAGGACAUUCGGAGACCACGAGAUAGAAAAAACAGCGGAUAAGGAGCUGAAGGCUCUUCGGGAGGAGAUGAAUGGACUUCAAUUGUGGGAAUCAUGGGAUCCGCAACGGAUCAAGAUCACCCCGGAGCGUGUGUAUAGUAUGGCGUUCCACCCAUCCGAAUCCAAACCUCUCAUAUUCGCGGGCGAUAAAAUGGGUCAUCUAGGGAUGUUGGAUGCCUCGCAGGAGAAGCCAGCGGCGGGCGAGGAUGACGACGAAGAUGACGAGGACCCAGAUCCAGUCCUCACCACAUUGAAGCCGCAUACCCGGACCAUCAGCGCAAUGACAGUCAACCCAUCAAAGCCAACACAUCUGUAUACGGCAAGUUACGACAGCUCGAUUCGAGCACUGGACUUGGAGAAAAUGGUGUCUUCAGAGAGCUAUGCUCCUGAAUCAACAAAUAUCGACGAGGCGAUUUCCGGGGUAGAUAUGGCCCCGGAUGACCCUAACACUCUGUACUGGACUACACUGCAAGGUGGAUUCGGGCGAUAUGAUACGCGCACGCCGCGGAAAGAUAGCAAUGUGACAAACUGGGAUCUUUCUGACAAGAAGAUCGGUGGCUUCACACUGUGCCCCACCCAGCCACACUACUUCGCCACGGCGAGUCUGGAUCGAUUCCUGAGAUUAUGGGAUCUGCGCAAGCUAUCGCCGCAUAGCCGCAACCCUGUUGCCGAGCAUGAAAGCCGGCUCUCGGUUUCUCACGCAGCUUUCAAUGCUGCUGGGCAGAUCGCUACUUCGUCUUACGAUGACACUUUGAAAAUCUACGAUGUGGGGGCAAAGGGCCUCUCUUCGUGGAAGCAGGGUCAUAAGCUUUCAGAGAAAGAGUUUACUCCUGACACUGUUGUCCGCCAUAACUGCCAGACUGGCCGUUGGGUGACGAUUCUCCGCCCUCAAUGGCAACUCAACCCCCAAUCUCCCAUCCAGCGGUUCUGCAUCGGCAAUAUGAACCGUUUCGUGGAUGUGUACAGUAGCAGUGGAGAUCAGCUGGCUCAGCUUGGUGGUGACGGGAUUACUGCUGUUCCUGCUGUGGCUGUGUUCCACCGUAGCAAGAACUGGGUUGCUGGUGGCACUGCUAGUGGCAAGCUGUGCCUAUGGAAGUGA